UGUUCAGUAUCUAUCGGAGCGGCGCGCGCAGCGGUCGUGUGUUGUGCGCGAACGAACGAGCCGAGUGCCUUCGAGUGUAGCUGCAACGAACACAACUCGCAGACAUGGAAGUGGCGGGUCAAUGGCGGCGGCAGUGGGCCGGCACCGCCGAAUAUGGGAAGGUGACAGAAGGCGGUGUGACGCGUCGGGUGGCGCGCGCGAUGGAGGUGAUGCACGCCAGCGCGCCGGGAGCCAAGGUGCGCGUCAUGCGCGCCGCCUACCACGAGUCCGCGAGCCCUGGUGUACCAGCUGCAUCUUACCUAAUGCACGCCUCGCGCCGGGUCAUAUCGUCUGGCUUCAACAUCCUACCACUAGAACCUCCAAUAUUUCCAUCCAAACCUUUGGAAAUAUCGUCUAUGCCGCUAGAAUCAUCACCGGAGCCUAACACAGACACAGAAAACUAUAAAGUAACAGAACCUGACGAUACAGAGAUCUCAGAACCUUCAAAAUGGAGACCUUCCACCGGCAGGGGAUCAGAUAGAAUGCCCAGCGAAGAGUCAUCCUCUACUGACAACACCAGUAUUAUUGACUUUGAAGCACGACUUCCCAAAAACCUUCUAAGAAAGCAUUCCUAUGACUCUGAAAACAGUGACAUUUCCUUAUUCAGAAGAAAUAGUCGAACCUCGCCUUUAUUAGAUGUACCUGUAUCCUUAAGCACGCUGAAAUAUAAAUCUCUACUCAACGGCAGCAACAGUAAUGAAUGGAACAAUAGACGAAAAAGCUACAGUUUUGAAGAUACGUCCCCCAUAAGCGAAAGUAUUAUACUCAGUAACGAUACACAAGCAAUGGAAUCGUCAACAGACAGUGGGAUUUGUAAAUCCACAGAAUUAGUCAACGAUGCAGACGAUAAGUGUUUAGACAAAAAGGAGAGAAUCAGCGAAAAGCAUGAAGAAUCAUUCCAAGACUGGCUAACUAAGAACAGAAUAAGCUCAUAUGGCGGGAGUCGAGUCAAACCUUCCCGAGAACAUGACAUUGUAAUAGAAGAACCACAAGAAAACAGUAUAGCCUUGCAAUCAAAAGGAAAGGUGACGAUUACAGUUCCUAUUCAAGUCGCCGAUGAUUAUGAAUAUAAGCAAUCUUCCGCUACUGAUGACCGUAAAAUUAAGAAAGUUGGGUUUUGUAAAACUGAGUUACAUUUUGAUGCGGAUUUAGGAAAGGUCAAUAUAAUAGCAACUGAUGAGAAACCCCCGCCUUCUAGCGAUUUCCGUAAAAGAAGAAGCGCUUUUGUUCCUAUAAAUGGAACAUUUGAUAAGCCUAUAACGCUCUUUGGCGAAAGCAAUGCCCCCGCUUUUGCAACAAACCAAUUUCUUAACUUUAACGAACACAACGAAUUCGAUGAGAAUACAGCAGCUACUAAGAGUAUUCUCAAAAACAAAAUUCCGAAACCCAAGCCAUAUCUCUUAGGAGAGAACAUGGUGUUGGGUGGUAAAAAAGAAGAUUCAUAUUAUGACAACGGAGUACCGACGGCAGUAUCCUUGAUAAACAGACAGCUGCAAAAUGAAAGGAGACACAGUACAGAAAUCUCAAGCUUGUUAACGGAACUAAAUACAAGCGUCACAAGGAAACCAUAUCGGACAAAUAAUUUAAGUCCGCUGAAAACUGAUAGCUUGAAACAGAAGAAAAAACUAUUUGAAUUAGAAGACCAUACGACAAUUAAUAAGCACCCAAAAGACAUAGAAACGACAGGCUCAGUGAAAAAUAAACUAAAAAUAAUACAGAUGUCUCCUGUGGAAAAAAGAAAAACGAGACAACUUCGAGACAGUGAUCUUACUUACUUCGGUAUUGCCAAUACUCCAAAACCCUCCAUGGAAGAAACUAAACCUCAAGAAAAGUCUCGCAAAUCAAGUGGCAGUAUUGAUGACUUAUUUCAGUCAGUAAGGUUAAUACAAAAAGUCUCUAACAGUGUUUGUAAUAGUGAAGCAGAAUCUGAAGAUGCGCCUGAAUAUCAAAAUAUUCCGAUCAAAACAAACUUUGCUCCUGUCCCUACUCCAAGACCACGAUCAAAGUACAGCAGCAAAGCUACGAAUGUCAAAGAAGAUAGGCUAAGACCUGUUUUUGAACAAGAUAAUGAAAUCACUUCUAAUUUUGAAUCACGGCGCUCUAGAGUAAGGCGACAAGAUUCAAAUAGAAGCAUUUCCGAGCCUCCAAAGCAUAAGUAUGAUUCUGGCGAGAAGGCGCGUCGGCGGCAUGAACGAUCGGGCAAGACUGACUCGACUGAAAAACAAUGUGUCACGGAAAAGAAAGCAGUUCUAAGCGUAAAUAGACAACCAAAUAUAGAUAUAAUUGAGCAAGAACCGGCUUAUGUAAACUUUAUUGAAGCAAAACGCGAAAAUUCUUUGAGAAGAACAGACUCCACUCGUCGCAAGGCAGAAAAAUUGCACGUAAAAGCAGAAAAUUUAAGGACUUUAGAAGAUAAAAAGACCGAUUCUGUAAGAACCCGGACUCGUAACCAAGACAAGCAUGAUAAAGAAAGGGUGAACGCCGUAGAAACAGUUCAUAGAGAAGAUAGAGAAAUUCUACAAAGGCCAAUCAGGAAAAUCAGAACUGAAAAACUAGCUACCCCGGAAUGUACAAAUGACAAACAUGGAAGUCCUAUUAUUUAUGAUAGACCGAGUAGUCGAAAGACACCCUUAAUAAACAAACCUGGCGGUGAAGAAAAGCACAGUAUUUCACGAAACUCCAAACAUGAACAUCGCAGUCGCUCUUCUCAACGACAUUUGCCUAAAAUUAAACCUGAUGAACAACUAACUGAAGUACUGAGAACAAGCGAUAAGAAAGAAGUGAAAAAUAAAGAAAUUAAUGAAAACGAUACAAUAAAUUACCACACAAAAGAAAAAAAUGGAAAAAGAGAGUCGGCGAAUACACAUAAACAUGAGAUGAAUACAAGUGCCAGUUACCGGAACUCAAUGACAACCAAGAAUAAAGAAAAAGACAAUGUUGAAAGACUAUCUAAUAGUAAAUCGUGUGAUCACAGGCCUUCAAAACGAAGUGAAUACGUUAUCAACUAUGAUGACAAGAAUGGAACUGUAUCGUCAAUUUGCAAGGUAAAGAAUGGAUCCGGUACUCCGAAAAAGAAAAAGAUUCUUAAAGACAGCAUGACAGACAAUACCAAUGUUAAGGACCAAAAAGUGAAAAAUAAAGUGAUUGAAAAAAUUGCCCUGCUGCAGUCGCCAGACCAUCAAUGGAACCCGUACGAGAUGAGUUACACAGAUAGAAAACGGAAGAGAAAAAUGCAUGUACAACGAUCUUGCCAACUAUUGUAAUUUUUCCUUGCUAGUCUGAUUUAAUGAAUGUUUCAUUAUUUAUACUUUUUUUUAAUUUGAAUCGUACUUGCGCUUUAAUGAUGCAACAGAGUAGAAACUAUAACAAUGAUCUCACAUUCAAAUAUUUAUGUAAACUUAAUACUAACUGUUCUAAUAUCUCAUGGAAUAAUGUAGUAUCGGACAUUAAUAUUAAUGAAAUAAACUUAUUUAAGAACUA